AUGAAUAAGACCGCGGUGUUAGAAUUUAUAUUUUUGGGAUUUCAGAACCCUCCCCAGAUUAAUCAUGUUCUGUUUGUUCUGUUCCUUGUGAUCUACAUCAUGAUAAUAGUAGGAAACCUGUUGAUUGUUAUAUUGGUGGCAAAAGUUCAGAGUCUAAAUGCCCCCAUGUAUUUCUUCCUCAGUCAGUUAUCCUUGUCUGAUAUCCUGCUCACCACAAAUAUUGUCCCCAACAUGCUCCACGUUAUAUUUAAUGGGCGAAGCACAAUAUCGAUCACUGGUUGCAUUGUACAGUUUUACUUUUUUGCUGCCACAGUUGCUACAGAGUGUCUUCUUCUCACCGUGAUGUCCUACGACCGAUAUUUAGCCAUCUGCCGCCCAUUACAUUACACCUCCAUCAUGGACUUUGAUCUUCAGGUCAAACUGGCUCUUUGGUCUUGGAUAUUUUCGUUUCUGAUAGUGUUAGUCCUUGUUUUUCUCAUAAAUGACAUACAAUUCUGUGAACCUCCUUUUAUUGACCACUAUUUUUGUGAUUUGGCUCCUGUUGUUCAAUUAUCUUGUUCUAAAAAUUCUAUUGUGGAAAAAGCAGACUUUGUGAUGGCCAUACCCUUGGCUGUAGUUCCUUUUUUCUUCAUUGUUUUCACAUACGUCUCAAUUUUUAAAACAAUUUUUGGAAUAUCUUCCCCUGGUGGGACAAAGAAGUUCUUCUCCACCUGCAGCUCUCAUUUAAUUGUAGUUAGCACAUAUUACGGGACUAUAAUAAUAGUUUACAUGACACCAUCCAAAGGUCAACUAUUUAACAUCAAUAAAGUUAUUUCUCUUUUAUAUACUAUGGGAACCCCAUUUUUUAACCCAAUUAUAUACAGUUUUAGGAAUCAAGAAAUCAAAAAUGCACUGAUAAAAUGUUUAUUAGCUCUAACACAAAAAAAAUAA